AUGACUCUCAAUUGUUUAACCUGCCAAGCUCUAAAAAGAACAGAUUCACAUGAGGAACUAAGGGAAACACUGAAUCAUGUUAAUGAUAAGUCGAAUUUUCGUCUUUUUUCAGUGGGAAUGGAGAGGAACUGGUCAGGGAACUUGGUUGAAAGACGGAAAUAUGAAAAAACGAGGGGUCGAACCAUAAUGGGAAAAGAAAAUAAUACGCGAAACGGUUCUCGGAGGGUUCAUAAUAGUGGUCCGAUAGAGUUCAUGACUGAUUCGCCAAGAUUGGCAAGGAGCCCCGGGAUGAGAAGAGAUUGGAGUUUUGAGGAUUUGAGGCAGGUGAUUAAGCGUUGA